AUGUCUGACAACGGAGAGCUGGAGGACAAACCCCCUGCCCCACCGGUCAGAAUGAGCAGCACCUUUAGCACUGGCAACAAAGACAAUAUGUCAGCAAUCCCCGGCACUAAACCUCUGCCUUCCCUCCCAGAGGAGAAGAGAGACAAACAUCGUUAUAAGAUCACUUCUAUAUUCUCACAAGAGAAAGGAAGAAAAAAAGACAAGGAUAAGGAGCGUCCGGAGAUUUCGAACCCAUCAGACUUCGAGCACACCAUACAUGUGGGCUUUGACUCUGUCACAGGAGAGUUCACUGGCAUGCCAGAGCAGUGGGCCCGGCUCCUGCAGACCUCCAACAUCACAAAAUCUGAGCAAAAGAAAAACCCUCAAGCUGUGCUGGAUGUGCUCAAGUUCUACGACUCCACGGGCAACAGCAGGCAGAAAUACCUCAGCUUUACAGAUAAAGAUGCACCACCAAAAAAAGGCUCAGAGCAAUCACCGAUCAAGAGCCCCGAUGAUGAUGACGAUGAUGAAGCCCCUCCUCCUGUCGUAGCACCACGCCCACAUCACACCAUAUCUGUAUACACUCGUUCGGUCAUUGAUCCCAUUCCAGCACCUGCAGCUGUUGCAGAAACAGAUUCCUCCAGAGCUGCAGACAAACAGAAGAAGGGCAAGGGGGGCAAGAUGACUGAUGAAGAGAUCAUGGAGAAACUUAGAACAAUUGUCAGUAUUGGAGACCCCAAGAAAAAAUACACAAGAUACGAAAAAAUCGGACAAGGUGCAUCUGGUACGGUGUACACAGCCAUUGAUGUUGCAACUGGCCAAGAGGUUGCCAUCAAACAGAUUAACCUCCAGAAGCAGCCCAAGAAAGAGUUGAUCAUCAAUGAGAUCCUUGUGAUGAAAGAGAUGAAGAACCCAAACAUUGUCAACUUCGUAGACAGCUUUCUGGUAGGAGACGAGCUCUUUGUGGUAAUGGAGUAUCUCGCUGGAGGCUCUCUCACAGAUGUGGUAACAGAAACAUGCAUGGACGAGGCGCAGAUUGCUGCUGUCUGUAGAGAGUGUUUACAAGCGCUAGAGUUCCUGCAUGCGAAUCAGGUCAUCCACCGAGACAUCAAAAGUGACAAUGUACUGUUAGGAAUGGAUGGAUCAGUCAAGCUAACCGAUUUUGGAUUCUGUGCUCAGAUCACCCCUGAGCAAAGCAAGAGGAGCACCAUGGUAGGAACACCCUACUGGAUGGCCCCUGAAGUGGUCACACGUAAAGCCUACGGGCCUAAGGUGGACAUAUGGUCUCUGGGCAUCAUGGCCAUUGAAAUGGUAGAAGGUGAACCACCUUACCUCAAUGAAAAUCCACUAAGGGCUCUGUACCUCAUUGCCACUAAUGGCACCCCAGAGCUGCAGAACCCAGAGAAGCUGUCGCCCAUAUUUAGAGACUUUCUGAACCGCUGUCUCGAGAUGGAUGUGGAGAAGAGAGGUGGAGGAAAGGAACUUUUGCAACAUCCAUUCCUCAAGCUGGCAAAACCCCUGUCGAGCCUCACUCCCCUUAUACUAGCAUCCAAGGAGGCGAUGAAGAGUAGUCGCUAACCUCGAAUUCCCUCUAAUCGACCAGAUCCUGUGAGGACCUUCAUCACUCCAGCAGAGUCUUCCUUUUACCCCUGUGGAGGACCUUUGCCAUUCAGCCUUGAGGACUUUAGUUAUCUCCACCUGAGUGAUUGCACAAUCAUCAUGUCAAGGCUUGUCAUGCCAAACUUUCUCAAUGUGCCUGGAGGGGCUGAAAUACCAGAGGAGCCACAAACUGCAGACCCCUCUUGUUUUCUACUGAUGUAUUUCUUUUUAUUUGUUUUACGUAAACGGUUCUGUCCUCUUGGCGUAGUCAGUACGUGCCUGAACAUUUCAUGAUUUUUUUACACGAUUCUGUUGAAUUUUACUAGUUACGACAUGAGUAUUGGCCUAACAGAGUAUUUUCCCUUUAUUUUUAAUUUCCAGAGAUGUUUUGUAAUACUUGAACUCGUGUUAUAUGCCCCUCUCUCUCUUAAUGACCUGUCACUUGUGCCUACUACCUGUUUGCUUUCAGUCGUUUAAAAAAAGGAACAAUUUUGCUGUAUGAAAUUAAACGAACCAUUUAAGUUUUUGUUCCCUCUUUAGGAACUAAACGAAUAACCUAAAUUGUUUUGUAUAUUGUGAACUUUGAUUAGCAUUCAGAAAUGGAAAACAAAAUCAGAAUCAGGACUAAAUGUUGUCUAUUUAUGUGUAUGUAUACAGUAUUUUAUAUUUUAACUAACAAUCUGACAGAAUGCCAGAAUUUAAUGUAUUUUCAAUUGUUGACUUGCUAUAUUCUCUGCAUGUUAAAUCUAACUUGAGUAAAAACUACAUUUCAAUACGAAAUGUUUUCAGAUGUUCAGACAUUCCAGUUUAGUAAAUACACUUUUUUUGUCUCUUUUCUACUUAUUCUUAUCAAAUUGUUGAAACCUACCUAUAACAUACUUUGUAAAUUAUUAAAAAACACAUGGAUCAAAUCA